GUCAAAGCUGGCAUUUGUGAGCUGAAGCAUCCAUCAACAUCACCAUCACCUGCGAAGAGCGGAGUGACAGACCUUCGAGUUUCAAGGCUCAGGGGGAUUGAACAAAAGCGGAAAUGGCUCCACAAGCGCCUCAGUCAGAUGUUACGAGAUAUGAGAAGCUCGCUGAUCACGGCAGACUGCUCUGCCAACGAACAUUGAGGACGAAAUCGGUGCAGAAAUGCAGUAAGCGUGUGUCUGAGAAAAUCAGACUCGACUGCACUCGUGGCAAUGACCUCGGAGUCGGAAGAAGUUCGGCUCGAGGUGAGAAGGUUAGAUGCCUGCUCAGAUUGAUGGAAGAGCAACAACAACAACUUCAACGUCAUCUCUCGUCCUCUUCGACCUUCUCAGAGAUGCAGCAAAUUCGAGCUCGUCGGCUGAAGUCACUCUUCUUUCUGGCGCAGCAUUUGGACAACAGAUCGAGCGCACAGUUUCACGGUUCUCUAGGCUGCCGUUCUGGCAGCAUGUAUGGGCCAGAGACAUUUCGAUUGGAGGACAGACUGUCGAGAUUAUCGUUCUCAGACUAGAGUUUCAGAAGCAGAGCGUAGAUUUUUUUAGGAAUGUACAUAUCAAAUCAAUACCUGUACAAAUUGGGUCAUUGGACCCAUGAUCACAAUACAUGUGGAAACUUCCCCAUCAAAUUGAUGGAAUUUUUCUAAUUCUCUGAACUUCCUCUCUGU